CUCGUUUGAACUCCGCUCGCUCGGUGUUCUUUUUCCUUUGCGUCGCGUGUGAACUGGGAAAAAAGGAGAGAGAGCGUCCCCGCUGUUCGCCGGAAACGGCCGCCGCGUCCGGCGAACCGCCGGUGCACGGGCAGUAGUGUGUUGAGGCUGGUGUGGUUGGUUUAGGCCGGUGGUGUGUUGGUGCGGUUGGUUCUUGGUUGGUUACUUGGGCGAGAUGGUGUGGUUGUAGUGGCCGCGCUUCAUGCGAUCGAUACCGUUCCAGCUCAAGAACGGUCACCACCACCACGGUGCCGCCAUGGAGGGGAGGCCGCCGCCGCAGCAGCAGCAGCAUCCUGCGCCGCCAAGGGUGUCGAGGUUCCGGAGGCUCCUGGUGAGGGUGUCCGCGUCGGAGAGGUUCGCCGCGGAUGGCAAGGAGAGGGAGAAAGACGAGAAGACGCAGCCGCCCGUCGCCGGAGAGGCGGAGGUGGCGGGGUCCGUCGGGCUUGACCGCAUGGUGCUGAGCUUCAUGGAGGAGACCGCGGCCGUCGAGCGGCCGCCGCGCGGGCGGUGCAACUGCUUCAACGGCAGCAACCACGAGGAGAGCGACGAGGAGGAGUUCGACUUCCUCCCCUCCGAGCACGCCUCCGCGUCCGUAGUCGCCGCCGGCGGCGACACUUUGGAGGCUCUCAAGGGCCUGGUGCAAAGCACGAACGUCGUGGAGCGGAACCUCCUCGCGGACGCGUCCAGCAUCGCGGAGCGGUGCGGCAAGAGCUGCAAGGGCAAGGCGGAGUGCCGCCGCGCGUUGGCCGACGGCCUCCGGGCCCUCGGCUACGACGCCGCCGUGUGCAAGUCGCGUUGGGAGAAGACCCCAACCUACCCCGCAGGUACUCAGGCAGUUCGGUUCAAAAGAUAUCCCCUUUGCGUCCGACCGUUGCUGACCGCGGGGGUGGAAUCAAUCUGCGCAGGGGAGCACGAGUACAUCGACGCGGUGGUGGGGGCGGAGGAUGUGAGGCUGAUCGUGGAGGUGGACUUCCGGUCGCAGUUCGAGCUGGCGCGUUCGACCAAGGCGUACCGCGCGGCGCUGCAGGUGCUGCCGCCGCUGUUCGCUGGGACGCCGGACCGGCUCGGGAAGAUCGUGUCCGUCGUAGCGGAGGCGGCGCGGCAGAGCCUCAAGAAGAAGGGGCUGCACUUCCCGCCUUGGCGCAAGCCGGAGUACAUGCGCGCCAAGUGGCUCUCCCCUCACGUCCGCUGCGGCGGCGACAAGGUUGUCGUCCCGGGCCCCGCCGCUCCGUCCGCGGCUACGCCGGUCCAAGCGGCGAGCUUCUCCGGCGAGUUCGAGCUCCUGUUCGACAGGAAGCCAAGCAGUGCCGCCGCCGCCGCGGAGGGCGGUGGCGUCGACAAGAUCACGGUGGUGGUGUCGCCGUGGCGCCCGACGGAGGAGGCCAGCAAGAAGCAGCAGGUGCCCAAGGCGAAGGUCGUCACGGGGCUCGCCGCCGUCCUCUGAGCGUGGCGUGGUGGACAGAAUAACUACUACUAGUAGCAGCUCAACUACUACCACCACUACUCCCCCAUCCCAAAUUUUCCCUCCUCUUUUUCGUUUCUUUUUCUCACGCCUCUCGAUCCGUUUGGGGAUCUAGUUUUUGGUGUUUUCCGGGAUUUUUGUUCGGGAAAGAGAAAAAAAAACACUCACCUCCUAUUUUGCCGUCCUACUAGAACCUCCCCUUUUCUUUCUGACCCUUGUAAUUUUUGGCCUUGGCAUCAGGGGCUUGUGAUCCCUUCUGCCAAGUAGUAAUAGUUUUAGUUGCAAGAAAAAUGGUCAUGAUCAUCUGGUUGCUUGCUUGAUGCAUGCCUCAUGAUCAUCUGGUUGCCUACUUGUCGGAGCAAUUAUUACUUACCUCCUGUGCUAGUACUUGAACUUGUUGUUGCUAUGGAAGAGAUGAACAAUGAGUACUGCUACUUGUUACUGCUAUGCAAGAGGAUCAUCAGAUAUGAACAAUGAGUAUUGCAAAUAGUA